CAACAACGACGAUGAUGACGAUGAUGACAAUGAUGAAGGGUGUGCGAGCGGCUGUUGCGGCCACAACGACAGCCGUGAGUGCGGUGUUGCGGCGAGGGCCGGCACGGGCGCACGAAGUCGCACGGCUUCGCGUGUUGUCGACACCAACGGCGAUGACAAUGUCGACGAGGGCAGGUGCAGGUGCAGGUGUGCUGAAGGCACCGCUGGCACUGGUCCAGAACAGUCGGAAGGCAGCAGCGUGGGGCGCUGUUGCAAGCACUGCUGUUGGUGUUCUCGGCUGGUCCUUGUUCGGGGAUUCCAACGAAGGUGCCGUGCAGUGCAGGCAGACAAAUGCCCCACUGUUGUGCAAAGCCGCUCAAUUCAACGACACACAAGCACUGGAGAAGUUGCUUCAACAAGGCGCAGAUGUUGACGACAGGCACCAGCUUGGAUGGACUGCCUUGCAUGUUGCUGCUGUGAACGGCAACGUUGACGCGUGUCGGGUGCUGCUGGAGCAUGGUGCAUCUGUGGACCUUGAGGACGAGUACUUCCCCAACAUGUCUCGUGCAGCUAUCAUUCAGCGCCAGCGGGACUUCUCCUCGCGUCUGUAUCCGCACAUGUCCACGGUCGGCAUGACGGCGCUGCACUACGCCGCGCUGGUGGACAGCGCCGAGCUUGUGGAGCUCCUCAUCCACCACAGCGCUGACCCCAACAUCAAGGACCACAACGAGUGCACCGCCAUCGAAUACACCGACAACGAGCACAUCAAGCGGCGCCUGCGUGCGUACAUGGAGGAGCACGCGGCCCUCAAGGAGGAGAGGGAGCGACGGGAAGCGGAAGAAAGGGCCGAAGAAGCCAAACGGCGGCGGCGCGAGUUCCCGCUUGAAGAGCGGCUCCACCAAUAUGUUGUUGGCCAGGACGGGCCCAUCAUGGCCGUGGCAGCCGCUGUUCGACGCCGAGAGAACGGCUGGCACGACGAAGACCACCCGCUUGUGUUUCUGUUCCUCGGAUCCUCUGGUGUCGGCAAGACGGAGCUUGCAAAGCGCCUGGCGCAGUACAUCCACCACGACGAGAAGGCAACCAGCAACCGCUCAAAGGGAUUCAUCAGACUCGACAUGACGGAGUACCAGGAAAAGCACGAGGCUGCGAAGCUGAUUGGCGCACCGCCGGGGUACGUUGGGCACGACGAGGGUGGACAGCUGACGAAGAUGCUCAAAUCGUGUCCAAACGCUGUUGUUCUCCUCGACGAAGUGGAGAAGGCGCAUCCGGAUGUGCUCACUGUCAUGCUCCAGCUGUUUGACGAGGGCCGGCUGACGGACGGGCAGGGCAAGACGAUUGACUGCAAGGACGCCAUCUUCGUCAUGACCUCCAACCUCGCCAGCGACGUCAUUGCCGAGCACGCAUGGGAGCUCCGCAAGCGCGCAGAGGAACUGCAGGGGAGCGACGAGCACUUUUCACUGUCGAAGCAGUUCAAGGAGCAGAUAAUCCGCCCAAUCCUGAAGGCGCACUUCAAGCGGGACGAGUUCCUCGGCAGGAUUGAUGAGAUCCUGUACUUUGUUCCGUUUUCCAAAUCGGAGCUGAACCAACUUGUUCUUCUCGAGCUGAAGAAGUGGCAGCAGCGCGCAAAGGAGCGGCACAACAUGGAGCUGACGUGGGACGAUGCUGUUGUGCAGCGCGUGGCGGAGGAGUACGACAUCCAUUAUGGCGCGCGCUCUCUCCAGCACGCCGUUGACCAGCUCAUCAUCAACCGCCUCGCAGCCGCACACGAACAGGACAAGAUCAGCAAAGGAUGCAGCGUGCAGCUGUUUGUGACGGACGGUGACGUGCACCUGAAUGUCACGGCAGAACAGACGGGCGGGGCGCUUGGCUGGCUCUUUGGCAGUGGCAAGACCAGCAAGCAGAACACCAGCAACACGAACAACAACGACAGCAGCAGCGGCAGCAGGAGUGGUGCUGACAACGCUGCAGACAAGCAUAUGCGGGGCUCCUCGCCCUCUCAGGAUCAGGACUGAGGGCACCCACCAAAGCCAUAAACGAGCUCAGUGUUGAGCUGCUGAUGACGAGUGGUGGUCAUUGUUUGGUUUAUGUUUCGGAUGCGUGUCGCGUGCUGACACCAUCACACGACCACAACAUCACAGCACAACAGCAUCAACACUUCACACAACACCACGCAGCAACAAAACAGCAAAACAGCACAACAACAUAACUCGUGUUCAACGUCCGUAAGUAAAGCAUAGGAAGCAAGGA